UCUGUUGUUAAUGAAGAAAGUAACUUGGACAAUGAAUGGGCUGAUGCUUCCUACUGAUGUCAAAAGACAGAAAACCAAGCCUGUUCUUUCAAUUAGAAUGAAGACCUCAGUCCGAAUUCUGUUCUUUAAGAAUGGCAUAGGGAAGGAUGGGCAUGAGAUUACAGUGGGAAAGGAAGCAAUGAAAAAGAUUUUAGAUACCUGCACAAUGAGAAUGAAUCUAGAUUUACCAGCCAGAUACCUUUAUGACUUGUAUGGCAGAAAAAUUGAAGAUAUUUCAAAAGAAAAGCAGUGUUCUAAGGCGUGAUACUUCAUGGGUGCCAGAGGCAUCAGAUUCAUGCCUAAUGCUUCACAUAUUCCAGAAGUGUGCUAUUAUCACAUUUUAAUGCAUGCCUUACCCUGUGUUUUUGCAUACUUAUAAAAGCUUAUGCCAGCUGAAAUUAACUUAUGCAGCUACUAACAUGUGGAAGCAUUGCAAGUACACUGGACUUAAAAUACUUAAAGAAGCUAAUCCUACUGGAGGAACUUCCGGUCUAUAGCACUCUAGUCACUUAGAAUUGGUUUUAAAAUUCUUUUACUUUGUUGUUAUGAUGUUGUACAUCAAAUGAUUGAGUCCCUAAACUUUUAUAUUAGAUGGUCUUCAGAACCUCUACAUAGGAAUGGUCAGGUGUUAAGUGAAAAUUAACUUUUAGCUUAAAUAAAUAAAUGCUGAUAUUCUUUUGA